AUGGGUGUUAAAGGUCUCAAUCAACUAAUCAAAGAACAUUCACCUAAUGCUUACAAAGAAUUUCAAUUGAAAAACUUGUUUGGAAGAAAAGUUGCCAUUGAUGCAUCAAUGUGUCUUUAUCAAUUUCUCAUCGCCGUUCGACAAUCUGAUGGUCAACAAUUAACCAAUGAAGAAGGCGAGACGACUUCCCAUUUAUCAGGAUUCUUUUACCGUACGAUACGAAUGGUGGAGAAUAACAUCAAACCUGUGUAUGUGUUUGAUGGGAAACCACCAGUUUUAAAAGGUGGUGAAUUGGAAAAGAGGUUACUACGUAGGGAGGAGGCACAAAAGCAAAUGGACCAGAUUAAAGAUGAAGGAACAGUAGCUGAAGUUAUGAAGUACGAAAAGAGGUUGGUGAGAGUGGGGAGAGAUCAAAAUGAUGAAGCCAAGAAGUUGUUGGAAUUGAUGGGGAUACCUUAUGUUAAUGCACCUUGUGAAGCAGAGGCACAAUGUGCAGAGUUGGCUCGUGGUGGUAAAGUAUUUGCCGCGGCGUCGGAGGAUAUGGAUACUCUAUGCUAUGAGCCACCAUACUUGUUGCGUCAUUUGACGUUUGCCGAAGCUAGGAAAAUGCCCAUUGAUCAAAUCACAUACAGCGAAGCCAUGGAAGGCUUGGACAUGCCAAAGGAACAAUUUAUUGAUCUUUGCAUUUUAUUGGGCUGUGAUUAUUGUGAAACUAUCAAGGGUGUUGGGCCAGUGACUGCUUACAAGUUGAUCAAGGAACAUGGGUCAUUGGACAAUUUGGUUGAAUAUUUGACCAAAAACCCAGACAAGACGAAAUUCAAAGUACCAGAGAACUGGCCAUACAAGGAGGCCAGACAGUUGUUUUUACAUCCAGAAGUAAUUGAAGCCGAUAAAGUUGAAGUGAAAUGGAAAGAGCCGGAUGUCGAUGGAUUGAUUGAAUAUAUGGUGAAACAGAAGGGUUUUAGUGAAGAUCGAAUCAGGAGUGGUGCUGAAAAGUUAAAGAAGGGAUUGAAAGGUGGUGUUCAAGGAAGGUUGGAUGGAUUCUUCACAGUCGUCUCCAAACCAAAGGACGAAAAGGGAGCCAUUAAUGGCAAAAAGAGGAAAGGUGAUGAUAAGAAGGGUUCAGGUCAGAAUAAAAAAACUAAAAGAAGGUAA